GCAUUAGAGUUUUUGGAGUCUGGAGUCACUAGAACUGUCAGAGAAGACCGAGGGAGUUCUGACGCACAUUUAACUACACACCUUAUUUCUGGACAGCAGCUCAUUAAUUGGGCAUGGAAAAAACGAAGCAAGAAGCCUUCGACAAAGCCAGACUCCAGUUAAUAAAGGAUGGUUAUGAAAGGGCGUUUGAGUGCAUUAACAAGGCUCUCUCAGAGGACGAGGCAGGACACAAGGCUCAGGCCUUAGAGCUUUACCAUCGGGGGCGCCAGAACCUUCUCAGGGCUCUUAGUGUGCCCUCACGAGGUGAGGAAUGUGUGGGCGCCCAGUGGGAUUCGGCCCAGCAGAUGCAGCAAAAGAUGCAGGAGACGCUCAACAACAUCACUGCUCGAGUAUCGAUUUUGGAGACGCAAAACCAUUCCACACCAUCCAAUUCCAGAACAGGAAAUGAAGCUACAUCUCAAAAUGUGUACCCUGCACUCCCUGAGGAGAGACCUGCGCCACCAGCGGUUCCCGUGUCUAACGGCCACUCUGCGAGUGUAAGAACUGCGAGUGGAACGGCAUCACGUGAUCAACCCCCAGCGUACUCCCCUCAGGCUGCUGUUGGACACCUGAGUAUUUCUUACGGCACAACAGAAGGUGAGCUGUCACUUGUCGGGGAUGACUUCUAUAGCCACACGUCCGGCGUUACUCCUCAGACCCUGGGGGAAGAUGGAGAGGAGCUGUUUUUUCUGCCUAAUGGGGUGCAGAUCUUUUUUGUAACCGCUGAUGGACAAGUCAGUGCCCCAUCUUAUCCUGGCUACCUGCGAAUCGUGAAGUUCAUCAAUGACAGCUCUGAAAGGAUGCCUGGCAGGCCACCUGCCUUUCUGCAAGUAUGUGACUGGUUGUACCCCCUGAUGUCCACUGACUCCCUGGUGCUGCUGUGUAAUACAGGAGUCUACAUGUUUCCUGAUCUGAUGGCCCCCUCCCCAGGUUCAUAUGUGGGUGUGGUGCUGUCCUCUGAACUGCCCCAAUCAGAAUGUCAGCGUUUCCAGGACAUCUUGUACCAGAUGACCGAUCUGAGAGUCCAGGAGUCUGAUGGAGCAACAGACAUUAUUAAUCUGGGGCAGAAGGUGCCCAUGGGCCCAGUGGUGCCCGAGGUGGCGCCCUCUGCUGAGGUAGAGACGGUACUUCCAGAAUGGAGUGAGAAAGUGGCUCAUGGAAUCCUUACAGGGGCUUCCUGGUUGAGCUGGGGGUUAACAAAAGGGGCUGAAUACACCGGAAAGGCCAUUCACAAGGGAGCAUCCAAACUGAGAGAACACAUAACACCUGAGGACAAACCUACAGAAGUAAGUUCUACAGUCACCAAGAGCCUUCAGGUUGCCAAACAAGCCACUGGAGGAGCUGUGAAAGUCAGCCAGUUUCUAGUGGACGGGCUCUGCGCAGUCGCCAGCCACGUGGGCCGAGAGUUGGCUCCACAUGUAAAGAAACAUGGUGCCAAACUGAUCCCUGAGUCUGUGAAAAAAGAUAAGGACGGGCAAUCCAACGUUAAAGGAGCCAUGGUAGUAGCUGCAAGUGGAGUUCAAGGAUUUGCAACACUGUGGACGGGGUUGGAAACCGCUGCUAAAAACAUCGCAAAAAGUGUUGCAACUGAGACGGUGACUACAGUGAAACAUAAGUACGGGGAUGAAGCAGGGCAAGCAACAGACCAUGCUGUCAACUCCGCAAUUAACGUAGGCGUCACCGCUUUCAACAUCGACAACCUGGGCAUCAAGGCCGUGGUGAAAAAAACCGGCAAAGAAACAGCUCAAGCCAUUCUGAAAGACUACAAGGUACAAGACAAAGAGGAGGCUGACCAGCAAGAGGAGAAACCCAAAAAUAGAGACCAAAAAUAAACUUCAGCACUCUAAGAACUAGAGAAGUUCUGGAAGAAUGUGUAUACAAGCCUUAAAAAUACGUUUAUUUACAAAAUAAUAUCUGACGGCUCUUAUUAUUUAACUAUUUACCAACGUGCUGCUUCUUACUGCUGUAUUACACUAAGGAUGAAGUGACAUUCUUCCUGCACCUUUAAAUGAUCCUAACAAGUUUUAAAUCACCAUUAUUGCCUUAUUGUCCACCAGCCAGGAGUAAAGUUUCCUAACUGUGUAAACAUGCACUUAUGCAGGUAAUAUAAACACAUUUUUCAUUUUCAUCAACUGCUUUACCUGGUCAGGGUCAUGGUGGGUCUUGCUUAACCUCCAGUCCUUCACUGCCAAUUAAAUAUUUGGUACACUGUAUGGCCCUAAGGUGGCUUAGUGGGUAGCACCUACUGUCACCUCACAGCAAGAAGGUCCUGGGUUCGAUCCCCAGGCGGGGCGGUCCGGGUCCUUUCUGUGCGGAGGUUGCAUUGUUCUCCCCGUGUCUGCGUGGGUUUCCUCCGGGAGCUCCGGUUUCCUCACACAGUUCAAAAACAUGCAGUCAGGUUAAUUUUAGGCACUGAAUUGCCCUAUAGGUGAAUGGGUGUGUGUGUAUGUGUGUAUGUGUGUUUGCCCUGCGAUGGACUGGUGUACCGUCCAGGGUGUUACUGUGUGCCUUGCGCCCACUGAUAAGCUAGGCUCCAGUGUUUCCUGCUGGAACUGGGCCAGCUGUGAUUCCGAUCAGGAUAAAGUAACUGAUGAAAAUGAAAUAAAAAAGAAAUGUUUUCAUAAAUGUCUCAGAAACGAAAUGUUGUACUGACUAUAUUUAAAGUCUUUAUUUAUAUAAAAAAUGAAUGUUUGUAUUUGCAGUAGUUAACUGUAUUUAAAGCACUUUAACAGGAAAAAAAGAUUUAUAUUUUAUGUGUAGGACUAUAAUAAUAACAUGAGUGUGUUUCCUGAACAAAGACACUAAAGACUGCUGAAGUAACAUGGUAUGAUAGAUUGGUAAAUAAAUUAAAACCUUACUUAGACAGUUCCCCAAAACUUUUGUGACCUAUUCUUAUGUACCGUCUGUAGUUUAAAUUACACUGGUUAAAACUACAAAUAGUUUGACCUGUUAUUAAUAAAAUUUGCAGUGAAUUAUAUAAAACUAGUACAGACAAUGUAAAACGUAUUUUGUAAUGAAUGUACACAAAAAUAAGACUUUGUUAUAGGUGUGUUCUCAUCCUUCUGACCUCAGUGUGCAUUUUGUCUUAGGCUUUCUAUUAACGUUAUGAGCAGGUAUAUAAGGAGAAAAGCCAGGACAUGUGAAUAGAGAACAUAUCGAAUGCUUUUACCUUCAACGCCCUUGUCCAGUUUAGUAUGAUGAAUAACUAUAUUGUGCCAAUAUGAUCAGAAUCAUGAGGUACUUGGUCAAGACCACAGAACAGCUACGCAGAGACGACUUAUUAACUAGCACUUUACUGGUGUGAUUUCUUAUGUCUGGCUUAAACAGUGCAUGGACUCUGAUGUACUAGCCCACCACUGCAGAGAUCCAAGUUGAGUUCGAAUCUCAGCUGUGCUGUUGACUGGCCAGGCAUCAACAAACAGACAUGAUUGGCUCGGCCCUGUGUGGAAGGGAAAGCUUGAAAACAAAGCAGUAAAAUUGUGGUCGCUGUCUGGACGAGGUGCUUGUCUGUCCUACCACAACUCCAAUAUGGGUGGGUGAAAAGAUGCGGCAGGCAUAUACGUGCAUGUCGGAGGAGGAUGCGUUUUAGUCCUUUUUGUUAAUCGUGGGGUAAUAGUGGCAUAAUUCCAAAGGAAGUGAAAUUAGAGAUGACUACAUUAGGAGCAAGUAUGGAAAUAAUAAUAAAAUAAAUAAAUAAAUAAAGGACAGGCAUAGUCUGAUGGUACUUGUGCAUAGUUAGUACUAAAUGUUGCAUAAUUGUUGGUUUAAAUGUACAGUAUAAUAUAGAAUUUUAAUAAAGGUUUGAAUAUUUAAUAUAUUUUAACUGCUGACAAAUCCUACUGUUAAGUUCUGUUUCAGUAUCACAUCCUAGUUCUGUUAAUAUGGUGAGUGUUUGCUGCUUUUGUGUGUUUCUGUUACUUCGAUUUGAAUAAAGGGGUUCUAUGGUUA